CGUCCGCUCGCCGGGAAGGGCCUCCGGGGCACCUGGUUUGUCCGCCUCAUGCGUGAGCAUUUGUAACAACAUCCCCGGCGUGCGGUGGUCCGGUGGAUGCUUCAGAUGCUCCGUUGGCUAGUAAUCUGAGAGCGACCCAUUCAUUCAUCUUAUUCAUCCCGGCGCCAUAAGUGCGGGUCUAGAAAAAAAGAAUGAGCCCGCCCUGAAGGGGAGGAGCCCAGCAUGUGUUAAAAUGAGCGUAAUGACGUGUUUUGGGGUCUUUCACAUAGGGUGCAUUCAGAGUGCAAAAAAAAGGGGAGUGGUUAGUUCCACCAGGAGUAAGGAAAGCUUCCCAGAGAAGGUGACAGCUGAAAUGACUCUUGAAAUAGGAAAACUUAGAUAUGCCAACAAUAGCAAUUACAAAAAUGAUGUCAUGAUCAGAAAAGAGGCUUAUGUACACAAGAGUGUAAUGGAAGAACUGAAGAGAAUUAUUGAUGACAGCGAAAUUACAAAAGAAGAUGAUGCUUUGUGGCCUCCCCCUGACAGGGUUGGCCGACAGGGAUCCUGAAGGCCUUCGAGUAUUUUACUAUUUGGUACAAGACCUGAAAUGUUUAGUUUUUAGUCUUAUUGGAUUACAUUUCAAGAUUAAACC